UGUGAUUUCUUCUAAAGCUUCCUUUUCAAACUCUGUACUCAAUUUACAGCCUGUUUAUGAGGGUGUACAAAUUAUUUUUUUCUAUGUUGUACAACAUUGUCUUCAAUGCAAAGCAUGUUCUUGUAUUUAACCACAGCCUGUUGCACCAAAAUUCCCGCUAUGCAUGGAGUUUGGAAAAAGAUUGUUCAUUUUCUGUAGCCUUACCUUGCAUUUCUGCAAGACGGUUUCCAUGGCUUGCACCUAUAACCUCCUAGUCACAUGACAAAGACAAACACUACGUGAUUUCUUCCCAUCUGUUCUAGCCUUGGUAGUCAGAGUUACCUGAUACCUGUUGCUGGUGGGAGGUGACAGGUAUCCCGUAGAUUUAAUCAAGGUGUGCACCAGCUGACCCGAACACCACGAUUAUAAAAAAAAAAUAAUGAAAUAAAUGUGAACUUUUGAAAACAAAAAGUUAAGUGCCUUUAGAAGAAAUAAAGAAAAGAACCUUUCGUUUGCAGCUAUAAAUACAGCAAAGAGGAAACCAAACUUUUACACACCAUAGUUAUCAAACACAAAAAUCUUUUUCCCAAUAUCCCAACUACCCCUAAAAUUCCAAUUUUUUUUUUUUCCACAUAAAUCUCAAGAAAAGGGGCAAUUUUUUUUAGUACCCUUUUUUCCUUUUUGUGUUCUCUUUUCUCCUACAUCACUUGUUUCUCUUAGAUAUCUUUUAGUUUCUUAAGAGGAAAUCAAGAAAUCAUGAGCACAAUUCAAGAAAACAUGAGUUACACAUAUGAUGAGGCUGCUCAAAUUAGAUCUUCUUUAUCUCAAAUCCUAUUAACAAGUAGCACCAACACUUUAGACUCAAUCUUUUCUCACUGCCAAGAACCAAAUAACCAAAUGUCUACUACUACUAGUCAUGUUCUUGAACCAUUAGGUUCUUCAGUCUACCUCAGACAAAAAGAUUUGCUACAAAAGUUUUGGGAACAAAAUAGAACAACUUGUUCUACACAAACACCACUUCAAGAAUCUUUAUAUGUUAGUCCAAACAAGAAAAAGUUAUAUAGAGGAGUUAGACAAAGGCAUUGGGGAAAAUGGGUGGCUGAAAUAAGACUUCCUCAGAACAGAACGAGAGUUUGGCUUGGAACUUAUGACAAUGCUGAAGCUGCAGCUUAUGCUUAUGAUAGAGCAGCUUAUAAACUUCGCGGUGAAUACGCGCGAUUGAACUUUCCAGAUCUACGCGAUCCGAGUGAGUUGGGAUUUGGAGAUAGUGCAAAGAUGAAUGCUUUGAAGAAUUCUGUUGAUGCUAAGAUUCAAGCUAUUUGUCAGAGGGUUAAAAGGGAGAGAGCUAAAAAGGGUGUAAAGAAAAUUGUAGAAAGUGAGAAGAAAGUUGCAAAAACUGUGGAUUUAGACUCAUCUUGUUCUUCUUCUUCAUUGGUUGGUAGUGAAAGUAGGAGUCAUAGUGAUGUGAUUUCACAAAGUAGUUCUGAUGAUGGAUUCUGGAAAAGUGAGAAUUCACCUAGCUCUGUUCUUGGUGACUUCCCCACGGGGCUCGAGAACGAUGACGGCUAUAUCACUAGCAUCACACAUCAGUUUGAAAGCCCGAUGAUGGAAUCGGAGUUCGAAGACUGUUCUUUAGAAAGAAUGCCUUCUUUUGAUCCGGAGUUGAUAUGGGAAGUUCUGGCUAACUAGAAGUCAUUCCGACUUACAGAGGCGGAUUCAGGAUUUUAAGUUUAUGAAUUCCGACUACAAUCCCUUUUUGCUUACAACAUUUGAGCCAAAGUUAUUGAAUUUUACCGAACCCAUAACUUCAGUUGUAAAUUGUUUCCUUUGUCAAGUUUAGCAGUAUCAGUCUUAUGUUGCUGACUUUUGUUUCUUUAUGGGAUGAACAGAGAAUAUUAUAAGUUGUUCAUUCCCAGUUUUAUGUACUCAGAUUAUUAGAGAUUUUGCUUAAUCCUAAUAAAGGUUGCCUCUUUUAACCA